GUUAGGAAGGUUGGGACUAUAUAUACACACAUACGGAAGAUGUGAGUCUGUUUUUAGAGAGAGAAGCUCAACAAACCGAAAAGCUAGAGAGAGAGAACAUGGAAGCAGAAACGGAGGGUAACGAUUUGAAACCGCCGACUGUCUCCGCCUCCUUGACUGAUGUCGACGGCGGCUCCGUCGCGGUUGAUGGUGGCUCUGCGAUGGUGCUCGACGGCGGGGGAGAUGAGAACAACGGAGGCGGUGGGAAAGUAAAGGGACCCUGGUCGCCAGAGGAAGACGCGGUAUUGUGCGAACUAGUGAGUAAGUUCGGGGCGAGGAAUUGGACGUUGAUCGCCCGAGGAAUCCCUGGGCGUUCUGGCAAGUCGUGCCGCCUUCGGUGGUGUAAUCAGCUUGACCCUGCUGUCAAACGCAAACCAUUCUCCGAUGAAGAAGACCAGAUUAUAAUUUCAGCACAUGCAAUUCAUGGAAACAAAUGGGCCUCCAUUGCAAAAAUGCUCCCUGGCAGAACCGACAACGCAAUCAAGAACCACUGGAACUCUACUCUAAGACGUAGGUUUGCAGCAACAGAUAGGUCUGCAUUACAAUGUGAGAAUACGUGCGAUGACCCGAGUAGUACCGACCGGGUUGGGGCAUCCUCUGAAGAAACCAAAUCAUGUGGUUACAUCAACACACAUAAUAAGCCCUCAGAAGGUGCUUGCGGGGAUUGCAGCCCCAAAGAGACUCCACAUUCCAUCUCCCGCCCUGUCGCUAAAAUAGGCGCUUUUAACAUCUAUAAUCCAUCUCCUGCCCCACGAGGCCUGCUCACCCACCCAUUCUUUUCGGACCCACACUUUGUCACUAACUCAUCUUGCGAGCUUGUGAUUCCUUCACACUGUGGUCACGGUUGCUGUGGGCCCCCAAGGGGUAGUUCUUCUCAAGGAUCAUUGCUUGGGCCUGAGUUCGUUGAGUUUGAGGAACUCCCGCCUGUUUCUAGUCAAGAGCUGGCAGCUAUAACCAAAGAUUUGAACAACGUGGCGUGGAUCAGAAGUAGCCUUGACAAUCGUCCUACUGAAAGGGCCAACGUUAUGCAGCAUUCAAUGCAAAAUGAGCCGCUUUGCCCUGGAGGAGGAGGAGGAGGAAGAAGAAACGAACUAACAGUUUCAAUCCCUCAAAAUGCCUAUGCUACGCUUCAAUUUGCAACCUGAAGUUGACUUCUCAAGUAACAUAUGUGUGGCUUUUCUUAUGUUAGAAGCCUCUUUCCUGGAAGAGGAUUGGGGCGGAAUUUUGUAAUGUGUAUCUAUUUUUAACUUCGUCCGGUUACUUCAAAUGUUCAAUAUUCACCCAGGAGAACAUUUUCACCUGUACUUAGCCGGAGCUCGUUUUGUGGGAUAUAGUGGUCGGAAUGAGAAUCAUGAGAAUCCUUAUUGCAAUGUUUGUUCCAGAUUAACAUUUGACAAGUUUGAUAGACAC